AUGACGUUGAUCAUUCUUUUCCUUGCGCUUGCGCAAAGAUUUAGGAAAAGAACUUCUUUUCCAUUGUAUAGGAAGAGUGCUUCUUUUAAAGAAGCACUCCGCUUUAUAAAGAAACUCUUUUUCCAUUGUAUUUUGAUUAUUCCGUUAGCCAAUGCCAAACUUUAUGCUGAUGGAAUAGCCCAGCCUCGCAAGUUCAACACCUUGCUCGACGUUGUUGACGCCGAGUAUGUGCGGUGUGAGGCUCCAAAAGUUUUCCUUUUUCUUAACCGCAAAUCGCUAUGGUACGAUUACGAAGAGGGCCACGGCCACCAAUUCAGAGGUAUCAUCUGCAGGUGGAGUGAUACGAAAACGAUAAACCGUGGCCAUCACCAAAGGCAUGAAUAUCAUAAAUUAAAAGUACAAGUGGACACAAAGACAAUAUCAAUAUCUAAGAAACUCAUCCAAAAACUAUUUUCAUAAAAGACUUAGAGUGGUAAAAAUCCUGCGUUUGUAAAGACUUGUAUACAGUUUAGUUUUCAAUGUAUACACAAAGACAAAUUCAAAAACCACGUUGACGCAACUCGCACACGACCGUAGUUGCGCCACGAAACACAAAGAAAAGUCGAC